AUGGAGGCCUUCAGGAAUCUGGAUUGGUCCAGAAACAACCCGCUACCUGAACGAGUUUUGUACGAACAGUAUUUGGUCGAUUUGUGCGAUUUUCCAGAUGAUAUUUUCAACUUGCACAUCGACGAGAUCGAUCCCGUGCACGAGGUGAAGAAUAGAGCGAUCGAUGACGGUAAUCAGCAGGUCCCGGAGCUACCAACAGAUCCCCGUACCGGUGAAACGGUUAAACAGCUUACGAUUGACACGACCAAGUCGUUGCGGAUGUUCAACCGCUUUCCCUCCGGAUCGGUACUGCACCGUAACGAACAUCAGCUCUGCCUAACGACUCUGAACAAGCUAAACAUGCGGCUUCCGAUGACCGACAAAAAGGAUGAGAAGAGCUUGCGCAUCUAUCACGAGUUAAUGAAGAAGCUUGCUCCGGAGCGCGAUAUGUUUGAGCAGUUCGUGCGUAACCACUUUAUGACGAAUUUGCUGUGGCGUGUGAAGACGAUAUCGGCGCCGUUGAACACGCUGCUGGUCGAUUUGUGGCGGUGGAAGGCGAAUCGCUGGUUGCAACAGCUCGGUACCACGAGCUACCCCAGCACCAGCUACCAGCUGAUGACGGCCGUUGCCUCGGUGAGCUACUACGAGCACGAGAAAGGCGUGAACUUUGUACCAUUUGAAUCGGAGCAAAGCGUGAUCGAGACAGGUGACGUUAGGCGGCUGUUUCCGGAAAACGUAUUCAGCUGUAGCACGCUUCUACGAUCACAUCGUAUCAUGGAGCGGUUCCGUGAUGAAUGGUGUGCACUACGGGAUGCGAAACGACAGUCAAACGCACGUGCAGCCGUCGAAACAAUGCUGGAACAUCAGCCGGAAAUCUCGGUCGUGCUAUCAGCCAGCUCGGUAGCGUUGCUGUUGAAUGAGAAACGGAACAGUGAGGAAGAGUGGACGAUUCCGUUUCGUCUAACGAUGGUGGCGGGUCGUAAAGUACUAACCGUGGACAGUAAGCUGCCACCGGUGAAGCUGUCGACGCCAGCUAGAAACGCCAAGGCUCACCGUCUACUGGUGAAGAGCUUUACGACCUUUCUACAAACCGACCACUACGGAACGCCGGCCGUUAGUGAGGGGGAGCAAAAGGAUACGCCACCCAAUGCACCCACCAACCAGCAACCCGAGCAGCAGUACAGGGCUGUUCGAUGUGACGAGUACAUGAAGAAGGUGGAGGAAUCCGUGAGGCAGGCGCUCGACAAACGGCAACACGAAAAUCGCUUCUAUCAGCUGUGGAAGCUGACGGACGAACAAUCGGACGAAGAGCAGGCUGUGCUGAUUGACUUUCGGCAAGAUUUCUACCAGACGCUUCGCAAAACCCGACUCUUUAUGAACCUUUCGGUGAAGUUGGAGCAUCAGCCGGAAUUUGGAGCAGAACAGAUGACCAAGGCAGAGCUGCUACACGAAUGGGCCCGCCAGCUAUUACGGCCGAACUCAAAGACCUUACGGAUACGCCUCGAUCCCGUAACGCACCGGAUGAUUUCGAGCCAUUAUCUCGAGCUGCGUGAUAUCGAGGAGGAACUGUUGCGUUUGUACGGGGUUAAACCGCGGCAUCUAAUCACCAGCAUGUGGGGUACGCUGCGGCGCUUGCAGCUCUUCCCAGUUGGCUCGUAUCUGCUGCAUCGCGACGAACGGACGGUACAGGGAUGGUCCGUGUAUACCGAGGUAGGUCGCGAGCGUGGGCAACAGUUAAACCCGAACGCGGUCGUAUACGAUCUCAGGACGCGAUUGCACGCGAUAGAGUACGACCUGCCACCACUCGAGCAGUACGAUUGGAUACCGAUCGACAAGUGUUUCAUAACGCAAGUGCACCGCGAAGGUUCGAUUCUACCGUGCAGCUUCCCACACUGGACCCCCGUUCGGCAGUUGAAUACGCGCGAGAAACUUAAACCCAACAAGAAACCGAGCACCGUCGAUCAGCAGAGUGCAAUACAGCAACGACGGGUAAAGAAGGGCAAACAGCAAACGAAAAAUCUUAAGCGCAGGGAAAAGCUGAAGCUGCUCCAGCAGGAAAAGGCGAAAAAGGAAAGGUUACUACACACGCUUAGCCAGUAUGCCCCGUACGAAGGGCCGUCCAACUCCGGCACCGGUUCUCGCGGUUUUGCUAAGAUGGCUACAACCGCGGGGCCGCCUAGCUCGACCGAAGGAACGCCAACGUUACUCAAGGAUGCCGUAAUGGCACAACAACCCGUAGACUACAACAGUUACCAGUUGUACGCCGGGCUUCCACCAGGCAAUGGGCCACAACAAUGAAUAAACGUGAGUUUAUGGAAAGAAAAAAGGUAUCUAAUCACGGCGGUAUAUCACAUUUAGUUUCAGCAUUGAACAUUCGCUUCUGAUUGCACGCGGCGUCCGAUAUACGUAUUCUGCCACCACU